AUGGCCUCCAAAGCCAAUGGCCAGCAGGCCGGCCUGCUGAACAGCCCUGUCCUUCUACGCAAAAUCGAUCAGAUGCGCGAAAAAAAUGUAGGACAGUACCUGCCACUGCCCCAACUCGUGGCUGUCGGCGACCAGAGCUCGGGCAAGUCGUCGCUGUUGGAGAGCCUCACAGGCAUCUCAUUUCCACACGCACAGGAACUGUGCACACGUUAUGCCACGCAGAUUACCCAUCGCCGCGACGAUUAUACACACAUUGAUGUCAGCAUCAUUCCCGGGCCGCACGCCACGCCGGCGGACAGCCUGAAACUGAAGGCCUACGGCAAACGCCUCCAGUCAGGAGCAGAGCUUACAGCCCAGUUCUCUACAAUUCUCAGUGAGGUCAAUACGUUGAUGGACAUCAAGACAACCACCAAUCCAAGCGGCAGCAAAACCUUUACCGAAGACACACUGAAGAUUGAGAAAUGCGGUCCAAACGAAGACUACCUGACUGUCAUUGACGUGCCGGGCAUCUUCCGCACCACGACGGCCGGAGUCACAACGGCAAAGGACCAGGACCUCGUCCGGAACAUGGUCAAGGAGUACAUCAAGAACAGCCGGACCAUCAUACUUGCCGUUCUGCCCAGCAACGUCGACGUGGCCACGCAGGAGAUCCUGACUCUAGCCGAGAGCUACGACAAGGCCGGAGAGCGGACGCUGGGCAUUCUGACUAAGCCCGAUCUCGUGACCGAGCGCAGUGCUAAGCUUUCUGUCUGCAGCCUGGUGGAGGGGAAGAAGAAGCCCCUCACCCUGGGCUACUUUGUUGUGCGCAACCGCGGAGGUGAUGACGAGGACGAGGACGACGAGGAUGACAAGAAAGGCGGCUCCUCGUCCAACCUGUAUCAGCGGGAGGCCAUGUUCCAAGAGGAGCCAUGGCGCAGCCUGCCGGACGAUCGGGUGGGCAUCUCUGCCCUGCGUGAGCGUCUGCAGGAGCUGCUGGGACAAAUCACGCACCGGGAGUUUCCCAAGCUGCGAGCCGAGACGCGGCAGCUGUUGGAAGAGGCCCGGACGCAGCUGCGCGAGUUGGGUCCCGCACGACAGACAGAACGCGAACAGCAGCAGUACCUAUCUUCCAUGGCUGGGCGAUUCCAGAGCUUCGUACGGGCUGCCCUCAACGCCGACUACUCGGCACAUUCGGCCUUUGAGGACGAGAGGCUCCGACUGAUCACGGCCGUGGCCAACAUCACGGACGAGUUUAGCAAGGAGUUUCGCAGCAAGUCUCGCACGUACCUCUUUGAGACAGAGGACACAGACACGACGACCGCGCCGCUGGACCCUGCUAGCAGCCCUGCCGGCUCCGACAAUUCGGGCGAGAUCACGCCGGGCGGGUCUAACCGAUCCACGCCAGACGAGUUUUCCGACCUGGACGGCAUCGUGACCGAAGACACACCGGUGCUGCCACCCAUGGAGGGGAUCAAGUUGUGGAUCGAGUCGGUCUACCGGCAGUCCCGGGGCAUCGAGCUGGGCACGUUUGGGCUCGCUGUACUCACGAGCGUGUUCCGCGAGCAGUCGGCCAAAUGGGGCCCGAUGACAGAGCAGUUCCUCAGCCGGAUCAUCCGGGUUGUGCACGGGUUCAUCUUUUCUGCGCUGGAGGUCGUCUGCGUGGACGAAAAGGUGCGUGAGGACCUCAUGGCAGCCAUCAUGACCGACCUCUGCGCCCGGUACCGGGACGCGAUGGGGCAGGCCAAGCUGCUGGUGGACGUCGAACGGCAGCUGAAGCCCUAUACGCUCAAUCAUUAUUUCAAUAGCAACCAUCAGAAGAGCCAGGGCCUGCGAAUGGCAGAGACGCUACGGCCGAUCGCCCAUUACGGGUUUAACGACAAUGGCAGAACGCUCCAUGUCGACUUUGACAAGAUCGCCACCACCGUUAGCAACAAGAGCAACGAGGAGCACGCGGUCGAGAACAUCCACGACAUUCUGCGGGCAUACUACGGGGUGGCCACCAAGCGGUUCGCCGACAACGUGUUCCAACAGGCGGUCGACUACAAGCUGCUCUCGGGGCCGAGCAGUCCGUUGAAUAUCUUUUCCGAGCAGUGGGUCCUCCAACUCAGCGAGGACGAGCUGGCAGCCGUUGUUGGAGAGUCCCGCAUGACCAGAGACCGUCGGGGGAAGCUGAAGAAGAAGAUCGAGGACCUGGAGGCUGCGGUGAACAUUCUACGCUGA